AUGUCCGUCACGAAACUGGAGCUACGCACCGCUCUCGGCCCGGUAUAUCGGGAUGUCCUACCCAACCCACCCCGGGCCUGCACGCCCGAGGAGAUUCCGGUCAUCGAUCUGACGCCCAUGUUCUCCGACGAGCUCUACGAGCGACAGAAGGUCGCGUCGAGCAUCAGAUCAGCCGCCGUGAACAAGGGAUUCUUCUACGUCAAAAACCACGGCAUCCCUACGGAUACGAUCGCGCAGUGCAAACAGCAGGUCUUGAAUUUCAUGAGGCAGCCACAAGAGAAGAAGGACAGCGUCAGCUCGCAGAAGUACAGCAAGUACUUCAACGGCUAUCUUGGCAAGCGCACCUCCCAGAUAUCUCCUAGCGAGACGGCCGAUGUCCGAGAAUCCUUUUCGUUUCGGUACUCACCCGACAUUGACCCCGACCACCCUAUGGAUCUAUCUGAAAUUCCCGAAGAGGUCAGGCCGUGGAUCCGGGCGGAGGAAUUCGUGUGGGAGGGCACGAAACACCUCCCUGGCUUCAAAGAGGACCUGCUUGCGUAUUGGGGCGGAUGUCUGACCUUGGCUAGAAGACUGGUCAGGAUGUUCGCUCUCUCGCUUGACCUGGAGGAGAACUACUGGGAUGACAAAGUGACGUUUCCCGGCGCCGAUGGGGUUUGCAAUUACUACCCGACAAGGAACGAAGAGGAGGUCGACCAGAAGUUCGUGCACCUUGGCAGCCACACAGAUCUACAGCUGUUCACGCUGCUGUGGCAAGACAGCGUCGGAGGGUUGCAGGUAUUGACUCGAGAAGGCCAGUGGCUCAAGUUCAAGGCACCCCCUAUCGAGGAUACCAUCGUAGUCAACAUUGGCGACUUCAUGAUGCGACUCUGUAACGAUAUAUACAAGUCGACGGUCCAUAGGGUCACCAACGAUUCUGCUAUCGAACGGGUCUCCUUGCCAUUCUUCUUCGGCCUCAACUUCAACUGUGUCGAGGGUGUCGUCCCAUCAUGUACUUCAGAGAAUAAUCCAGCAAGAUACGAGCCUAUAUCGUGCGGUGACUGGUGCCAAAUGAGAUUCAAGCUCGAAAGAAACGAUUUCGAGAAGCAGGAGGCCAAGAAGUCAAUGGCCCCGAGUGCGAUGGUCGUCGAAGCGUAG